AACAUGUCAGUCAGGGACACCAGCAAUGCUGCAGGAGCGCGAACAACACUUUGUGUUCUGGAGCGUAAUUAGAAAGGUCACAGUGUUGGAGAGACAGCUGGAACAGAGAAAGUGUUUGUUUUUUUUCUUCCUUGAUUUAAAUGUGUGAUGGAGUCUGGUUUUCUCCCCAUUAUUCUUGUUUCUUCCUUUGUGGUGUAUUCCUCUCACGUUGGCAUCACAGGUUUCCUUAUUUUCGAUAAAAUCCUUCUGGUGCAACUCAGCAAGGAAAUGCUGGCACUAAAAAGUUCCAUUUCAAUUUGAUCCAACUGAUUCAGAAUGUUAAAGCCACCAAUUACCCUAAACUAAACUACAGAAGACAUUUCACGUGGAUUUUGGGCUGUGGAUUGUGUCGCACAUCAUUAGGGCCCGAGCACCAAAAUGACUGGGAUGAUGUUGUGGUGGCUAGAGAGGGCUUGCCCACCACCUUGGUCUGCACUGAUACAACAGUGAGGGAUGCUGUCACCAUCAACUGGAUGGUAAAAUCACUUGGUGCGACUGAAUGGAAGCUGGUUCUCUCAGCUAACGAAAGAAACGAGUUCUCCGGUGGUGCCUCGAAGGCAUCCAUGCAACUGGCUGACCCGAACUUUCAAGACACCGGGGUUUUCUCUCUGUUUUUUAUCCCCAAAAUGGAGGACAGCGGCCUCUACUCGUGUUUGAUAAAGCAGCAAGAGAGGAAGCUGAAGGAGAAGCUUAUCCCUUUAGCUAUCCUUAAAGUCACCGUCCACCCUACUCCAACCAUUCCUCAGUACAGCACCCUGCGGAUGAGUGCCAGUGUAAAUCCGGACUUUGCCAUCACCAAAAUCACCUGGGCAUCACCCGAUGGAAUUUCCAUAAAGAGCGAGAAAACACCAAACACAGGCACAGAGGCCAAACUGCCACAGGUCCAGACCAGCGACAGUGGGGUCUAUGUCUGUUCGGUUCACCCUUGGGGUAACAACAGCGGCACUCUUUUCACCUUCAAUGUAAACGUGACCGUUGAUGCUGAAAAAGUGGUCUCAUUCAGAAAUAUCACAUACGGCGACUCUAUCUCCACAGCCACACAGGCUCGCACGUCCUUAACCCUGAUCUGUCCCGGUGUCCAGGGGGACUAUGUCCUGCUGUACUGGCGACCCCCAGACACCAAGAGAAAGAAUAUUAGGAAGCUUCUGUUUCAGUAUGAUCGCUGGAGGGGUUCCACAUUGAUGACCGAGCAGAGCAAGAGACUCCAGCUUGCCGGCCCACCCUAUAACGCAGAGGCUGGGAGCUUCUCCUUUCUACUCGCGCCUGAGAUCAGUGAUGGUGGCCUCUACAUCUGUGAAGUGUUCCGCAAUGACAAUGCGGUCAGCCAAUGGACCCAGCUCAGCGUACUGAAAGUAAAAACCAAAAGUUCAUCCUCGAAGCUGGAGUUGGGUUGCGAGUACUCAGAGCUGUCCCAGGUCCAAAGUGUCCAUUGGAAAUACCAGGAUACAAAUCGCCAGCUGCAAAUGUCAAGCAAGAGCCCUGGCAGGAUCACCACCACCGUACCCUUACCGAUCACCUCUAACACCGCUGGAAACUACACUUGUAUCCUCAAGUUGAGAAAUGGGCAGACCGUCCGGGCAACGCACGCUGUCACACUGCCCCCUGAAGAGAAUGUCAGUGUCACCACCCCCUCCAUGCUCCCUUCUCUCUCUGCUUUAUUACUCCUGGUGCCCCUGGUUGCUGCGGCUGUUGGUGUGUUGCUAUGGAGACAGAAACACAUUUCUGAUCGUGGCAUUGAGCAGUCUCUGUCUGCCCACUCGGGUGAGGUAGAGAACAUCUAUGAAAAUCCUGAGGAUAUCAGACAGGCUCCUCUCCAGGGCUCGGUCUACAUGGAUUUGAAACCAAGAGGAGAGGAUGAUGUCUAUAAGGAACUGGAGCGAUCCGAGCAGUGUCAGAGCUGAUAACCUACCCACAUCUCAUCCUCAUCCAGCUGUCACAUCUUCUUGGUUCCCAUCUGCAACAGAAGGGCUUUAUAAUCAAAAGUAACAACUGAAUGUCUGAGUUGGGACUAAAAAAAACUUCAGUGCUUCAGGGAAAUGCAGCUCAAAUGUUGUCUCAGUGUUCUUUUAUAUAUUUAGUACAUGUGCAGAUUAUCUUUAUUAUCUUGUUUUGAGAAGGGGGGGGGGGAUUUGCGCAUGAGGCUGUAAAAUUUGUUCCCAAUGUCUUAUAUUGUCAAAUUUCUUCUGUUUUGCCAACGUUUAUUUUGUUAAGCAUUUAGUAUUGUUUCAAAAGUCUCUUAUACUUCUAAGGAUAUUUGUGUUUAAGCAGUUGUGGGAAAAGUAGAGCCUUAACGUAAAUAUGAGCAGUAAUACCACGCUACAAAGAUACUUAGUACUACAUAGUAAAGCACAAUGUAAUACAUGUACAGCAAUUCAUAUGUAUGGACAUUUCUAAUAAACACUGUUGACUAUCUUAA